UUAUAAGUUUGACCAAAUAAACUAAAGUAAAUAAAAUCUCCCUACAAUUAACUUCUUUUUUCCAAAUUUCAAAUCACUGAAUCAGAUUACUCUAAACAAAUCUCCUAAUCCAUCAUUUUUUUGUUAAUCACUCUCUUUUAUAAAACCCCUCACCCCCUCUAAUCACUCUUUAACAAAUAAAAAUGGUUCCUCUACCACCUAAUCCAGCCAUCAGCUCCACCGCUACCACCGCCGCUGCUUCCACCAAUGGGCUUGUCGUCACCUUAAUGGGCUCAGUGAAUUCUCUGUGGGCUAUGUGGAAGAAGAAGAAAGGGAAACCUAAUAGCUCAAGUCCCAAAUCCAAAAGCUCAGGGGAUAAUUCAUCUCUAGCAAAAUCGAAGAAAUUUCUGGGGAAGAUAAACGGCAAAGCGACUAAUUUGAUGCGUAAGAUAAAGGCGAAGAAUAAGGAAGUUGAAAAUGGUGAAGAUUUUGGGGAUGGAGGGCUGUGGCAGAAGGAAAUUUUGAUGGGCGAUAAAUGUCAGCCGUUGGAUUUCUCCGGCGUGAUUUACUACGAUAGAAACGGGAAGAGGUUGUCGGAGGUACCGGUAAAAUCGCCGAGGGCAAGUCCAUUGCCUAGUAAUCGUUACACAUAAUUAAAAUAUUCAGAGCUGAAGUAAUUAAUUAAUGGAGUGUACGUGAUAAUUAGUGAUAACAUGCAGCUUUAUUUGUGGGUUCUUUGUGUGAUUAGGGAGUUAGGUUGAUGUUUGGUUAGGAGUUCAAAGCUGCACAAAAUAAGUCGUUUGACAUUUAAUUGAAGGGUUGUUGAUGAAUUUAUGGGAAUAAAUAUUUCAGAUA